AUGGUGGUUUCAGCACAGUUAGAUGGCAUUCCUGGAGAAGCUUACUGCGGAGCGGUUGGCCCUGCUGGGAUAGAAAGAAGAACGAAAGAAGUAAUAGUUGGACGAACGUUAGUUGAUCUUAAACAGAAAAACAUUCCUGUUCGUGUAGUUAACUUGUCUUCUACGAGAAAGAAGUUAUCCAGAGGGACAGAGAUUGCUGUGUGUGAGCCAAUAGCUUGCAUAACACCGAUAUUAGCGUCCUCUAGUAAAGAGCAGAAGGUAACAUUGGACGUCGACUCAAUUCCGGAACACCUCCAAGAUCUCUACAAGAAAAAUGUUGAUGGUCUCAACCAAUUGAGAUUACAAUGAUGUGUUCUCUAAAGGAUCUGGCGAUAUUGGUCGAGCAAAAGGGACGAAGAAUAAGAUAAACACUGGAGAUGCCCAACCUAUUAAACAAGCACCAAGACGACUUCCAAUGAGGAAAAGCGACGAAGCUAUUCAAGCGGUCGAGGAGAUGGAGAAACAGGGGAUCGUAGAACCUUCGAUGAGUCCUUGGAGUUCGCCCAUUGUACUUGUUCGAAAAAAGGAUGGGUCGACUCGAUUCUGUGUGGAUUAUCGCCGACUAAAUGAUAUCACGAGGAAAGAUUCAUUUCCGUUACCACGAGUUGAUAUUACCCUGGACGCUCUGAAUGAUGCUAAAUGGUUUACCACUCUCGAUUUAAAGAGUGGCUAUUGGCAGGUCGAACUUGACCCAGCUGACAAAGAAAAGACUGCGUUUUCGUUUGGACAAGGAUUAUGGCAAUUUAAUGUAAUGCCAUUUGGACUAUGUAAUGCGCCUGCAACAUUAGUGAAAGAUUGAUGGAAGCGGUAUUGAGAGGGUUACCCUGGAACAUUAGUUUAGUAUACCUCGAUGACAUUAUUGUACAUGCGAAAGUUUUGAUACACAUUUGGCAAAUUUGAAAUGUGUUCUUGAAAGGUUACGAGAAGCAAAUUUGAAACUGAAUCCGAAGAAGUGUACUUUAUUUCGAACUGAAGUUACAUACUUAAGGCUAUGUUGUUGUACUUAGGCUAUGUUAGACGAAGGGAUAUCGGCAAAUCCAGUCAAAGUUGAAGCCGUCAAGGCCUGGCCUUCCCCAGCAAAUACGCACCAAGUGCGAAGCUUUUUGGUUUGUGCACCUAUUACCGACGAUUCGUACCUAGAUUUCCCCAACUUGCCAAGCCACUUCUACUGCUAGCAGAGAAAGGCGCAGUUUUUGAAUGGACUGAGCAAUGUAAUCAGGCUUUUCAAACAUUAAAAGACCUCUUGACCAAAGCACCGGUACUGGCUUAUCAGAUUUUGACAAACCCUUUGUAUUGGACACGGACGCAAGUGACGUGGCGAUAGGUGUAGAGCAUCUGAUCAGUUAUUUUAGCAGAACUUUAAGUGGACCUGAGAAGAAGUACUGCGUUACUCGAGAAGAAUUGUUGGCUAUCGUUCAGGCUACAGGUCAUUUUCACCACUAUUUGUAUGGCAACCCCUUUACCAUCCGUAAUGACCAUGCCUCUUUACAGUGGUUACUCAACUUCAAGAACCCUGAGGGUCAGACAGCAAGAUGGCUCCAAAAGCUUCAACUGUACGACUUCGCAGUUUUUCAACGUCGUAGUAAAUUGCACGGUAACGCUGACGCUCUGUCCAGAAGACCUUGCGAAGAAACAGGGUGCAAAUAUUGUGAGAAGAGAGAUAUCGUAGAAGCCCUAGCGAAUCAGCAUCAGUCGGAUGAUCAGGAAACGACUGCCUGUGAGGAACCAACCGUUUUGACCGUUUCAACCGAAACAGCUGGGCAUCCAAGCGAAGUGUUAAGAAUUGAAAAAGCACAGAAACAGGAUUCAGAAAUCCAAAUUAUCCUACAAUGAAUAAAUGAAUCGACGGACAAACCACCUUGGCAAGAAGUGACCUCUCACAAUAUAGCAGUAAAGACAUAUUGGGGACAGUGGGAAUCUUUAAAAAUCCACGAUGAGAAGUUGUACAGGUGUCUGGACACCGAAAAACCUGAAAUCAGUCGCUGGCAACUUGUAGUUACACGGUUGUUACGAAGAGAAGUGUUUGAGCAAGUGCAUGGUUCUCCAACGUGUGGACAUUUUGGGGUCACGAAGACUUUUGCUAGGAUUCGAGAACGGUUCUUUUGGCCACGGUGUCGUCAAUCUGUGGAAGAGUGGUGUCGAAAGUGCGAGAAAUAUGCAUUCAGUAAAGGACCUGGCAGAAGGCAUAAAGGACCAAUGAGGCAAUUCAAUGUAGGGGCCACACUGGAAAGAGUGGCGUCGGACAUUUUGGGACCUUUGCCAACUUCGAGUAGAGGAAACAAAUAUAUACUCAUUGUGGGUGACUAUUUUACGAAAUGGAUAGAAGCAUAUCCUCUCGAGAAUCAGAAAGCAGAGACUGUGGCGAAGGUGUUUGUUAGGGAAUUCGUUUCACGGUUCGGAGUUCCAUUACAGUUGCAUUCGGAUCAAGGAAGAAACUUUGAGUCGAGAUUAUUUAAAGAAAUGUGUAGUUUGCUUGGUAUUGAUAAAACGCGGACGACAGCAUUGCAUCCCCAAUCAGGCGGCAUGGUCGAAAGGUUUAACAGAACUCUGGAAAAUCAGGUAGCAAUAUUUGUAGAGAAAUACCAACAAGAUUGGCAUAGCCACUUUCCGCUGAUAUUGUUAGCUUAUCAUUCAGCCAUACACGAAAGCACUGGACAAACGCCAUCGUGUCUUAUGUUUGGCAGAGAAGUUAAUUUGCCGGUGGAUCUACUGUAUGGUCGUCCACCAGAUCGACUCACAGGAGAUUGAAACAGUACAGGACUAUGUUGACCAACUAAGGACGAGAAUUGAAAACGUUUAUUAAUUUGAAAGAAUGCGUAUACGCGUAGCGAGUGAUCGAAUGAAACGGCGGUAUGAUAUCGGAAGUACCAGAAAAAUAUUUCAAUGUGGUGACGUUGUUUGGUCAAGGAAAAAAGGAUUGUCACCGAAACUCUCAACUGAUUGGAAAGGACCUUAUUUAAUAGUGAGGCGGAUAAAUGAAUUGUUAUAUUGGAUACAGAAAUCCCCUCGAACGAAGUCCCGUGUUGUACAUAGAAAUAGGUAAUGGCAUUAUUUGUCUAAUCGAGACGUUUAGACUUGGAGAGGAGGCAAUUUAGCGUGCAAACCGGAAAACAUUAACUAUAGUAAUUUAAAUUUAUAAUCAGAGUGCGGACAAUAUAUAAGUGUGUGAUUUUUAGACAAUAAAGUUGUUGUUGUAGUGUGACUGUUGUUUCUAAGUUGAUCCGAAACGCGACAGUAUUUUUAUAGCUAUUUGUUGUAUUUAACUAAAAUGUAAACAUUAAAAAAAGCCCGCAAUCUAUGACCCUGACACUAAUCCUUUAAGUCUUCAAACGCUAUCGCUUUCGUGUUUUUGCGAAGACAAUAUAUAUUUUUGCACAGGAAGAUUUCUCUCGAAGAUGAAGUAGGACCCGUUACACGAAGAAGUAUGAUAUAUAAUUUACACGAAGAAAUAUGAUAUAUAAACGGCUACACUUUGGUUUAAAUUAACGUAGACAUCGUAAUAAGGAAAAUUGCCGUCAUUUUUGGAGCGGUUUUUCCUUAUUUUCUUGUAUUAUUGCAAAAUACGAGUUCACAGUCAUGUUAAAAACGCUUGUCAGCGGUCGUUAGUCACUGCCUACUUUGGGUAAUUUGGUGGUUAAACGCUCCAUGCAAGCCCCACAAAGCCCCGCGCAUGCACAAUUAAGUACGCGUGAUCAGUUAACUACCCGACUAACUAUACGUUUUGUGCAGCGCAGUCAACUCAUGUAGCUAGUUAACUAACUUCAGUUAAGUAUUUAACAACGAUAGGUAACGCUAACUGCAGUUAACUUCAACUAUAUGUUUUUAUUAUAAGUCUCAAUAUUCAGAUUCAAGGGAAAGCAAAACUACGCUCGAAACUACCUAUUUCCCAAGGAAACAGACAUCAAGUGUUUUGUUAUAUAACGACGAAAGAAAAUUUGAAUUCAUACAGCAAUUGUAUUUCAUGACAACUCUAUAGUCCAAACGAGUUAAAAUAAUGCACUGAAACGGUGUUAGCAUGCCGCAUAUAUCCUGUUCCUGUUGAGUAUUUUCUGCUCUAUAAAUAUAAGUUAAUUAGUUUGCAAUCUAAUUUUAUUAACUCAUCAUCCACACAUCCAAACAUAUUAGCUCAUCAUUCAUUAUUUCUAUAAUAUGCACAAAAGUUACUUGGUAUUCAACAUUUCCUUUUAGGCCAACACAACUGCUUCAAGUUGUCUUCACCAUUUCAACAAUGGUAAUAAAACAUCAGGUAAUUACACCAUUUUCAAUUUUGCACAAAAACGUCGUACAGUGUAUUGUGAUAUGGAAUCUGAACCAGGAUCCGUUUGGACCCUCGUCAUGUCAUUUGCGAGAGAAAACAAAGAUUUGAGCUCAUUCAAAUCCAUAAAAAUGUCUGCAGCGGGUGCAUCCCGAAACAAACUCGCUCCGAAUUGGUCUGACUACAGAGUAGGCAAGGGCCAAAUGGUUUAUGUAAAGUCCAAGGCAACUCAUUGGCGAGUUACAUGCAGUUUUCAGCAAUCUGGCGUGGAAAUCAAGACUGACUACGUCCGAGCUGCGUUUGCUGAUUUUGAUUUCAUGGGUGACUUUUGGGAUGGAUGCAGAAACGUGCGUUACAUAAGUGUCAUGGGACAAUCUUGUUCAAAGUGUACUGCAUACUGGCGGCAGGGUGAUAACGUUACCCUGACUAUCCCUGCAGUUAGUCGAGACCCUUUUUGUGAUAUAAAAAGCAACGAGAGUGAAAACUACUAUUUUGGGUCGUACCACACUUACGAUCCCGCAUUUCGUUGUACAGAAUCUCCAAAUUCAACAACGAAUUACUGGUUCGGUUCUUAUGCUUGAUGCGUGGUUUCUGCAUAAGGCUCAAUUAACGGACACAAAAGUCGUUGAGCACUAUGACACUCUUGGUCAACGAAUACAAAAGCUAACAUUGCAUGCAAUAACAAUAUUUAUUACAUUCACUUUGAAAUUAAGGCGGCUCAAUACAGUUUUUAAUUUAAAAUAAUGCAAAAUUCACGAUGACUUCUAUAAAACGACAUCUAUAGAGUUUGAAUUUUUGCACAAAAGUUACGCACAGAGGCGUUGCCAGGAUUUUUGGUCAGGGGGGCAGCAAAAACCGAGGUGGGGCGAACAAAUUUUCCACACCACAACAUUUUAAAUCUCCCCGUCGACAACUUUUUUGGUAAAAAAAUUUUCCGGACAAUAACAUAUACAUUAAAUACAAUAUUAAUUGCUUUCGUAGCACUUUUCCCCAUUUCCGUAUCACUUUUUCCGAUGCUUCACCACGAAUAUUCCGACAACAUUAAGCCCGCGUUAAAACUUCCCUGGUAAAAAAAAGAUUGGUUUAAAUUCAUCUAACCCUCAUUUAAUACUUUUUGAAAUAAUUAGGUUUAGAAAAG